CCAGAUCAAUUGACAAUCUUAGAUAAUUGAGAAGAUUCUUGAAGACAGCACUAUCUAACCCAAUCUUUAUACCACUGUCCUAUGAAGCCAUCUCCAUGUUGUCUCAGAAUAAAACCCUGAAAACCAUGGAAGAUUUGGCUCUUCAGAUCCUUUUUCUUUGCCAUGUUAUGGUUGGGACUGGGGGCAACAUCCUUCUGUUUGUCCAUAAUUUCUCUCCAAUCUUGACUGAUUCCAGACUGAGGCCCAUACAGGUCAUUCUAAUCAAUUUGGCUCUGACCAAUGCAUUAAUGCUCUUUCUCUCAACAUAUUCACAUGACAUGAUUGAUUUUGUUCCAAGGAAGCCUCCAACUGACCUCAAAUGUAAACUUGCACACUUCUUUCACAUGAUGGCUCGAGGCACAAACAUGUGUUCUACUUGUGUCCUCAGCACCUACCAGUUUGUCACUCUUGUUCCUGGCAACUGGGCUAGGGUCAUGUUCAGAGAAAUAUCCCCCAAGGUCGUGAGCUAUUCUUGUUUCAGUUGCUGGUUGUGCAGUGUCUUAAAUAAUGCUUACAUCCCAAUGAAUGUCAGUGGUCCACAAAAAACACACAAUGACUCUGAUUCUAAAGGCAAUUCGAUAUGCUCCAUCUCUGGGGUCAGUGUAGACAUGAAUUUCUUGCGAUUUUCCCAUGACAUCAUAUUCCUUGGCAUCAUGGCCUGGACCAGUGUCUCCAUGGUGAUUCACCUAAACAGACACCACCAGAGAAUUCACUAUAUACAUAAUCCUAACCAUAAAAACACAGGCCAUGCUGAAACCAGAGCAGCCCACACCAUCCUGAUGCUGGUGGUCACAUUUGUGAGCUUAUAUAUUCUAAAUUGUAUUAGUAUUUUAUUUCACAUUUCCUUUGUGGAAUCUCGUCUCUGGUUGAGGCACGUCACAAAACUUCUAUCUCUAAGCUUACCCACCAUUUCUCCCUUACUGUUGAUAUUUAGGGAACCUAGCGGUCAUUGUUCUCUGCUCUUCAGUGUGGGCCUGGAAAUCCAAGUGACUGGGGGAGUCAUUACAGAGGAACAGUAAGGUCAAAACAUGUCCAAACCCUGAAAAUCUCAUUCUUACAUCAGCAGCAGUAGGAUUGAUCCUGCCUUGCUCUAGGACUGCAUCUACCCACACACAGAGCAAGUCCAUCUCCCAGCUCUGCCACCCUGAGGUAGUCAUGUAGCCUAGUGGCCAGGAUGCAGGGUAAAUAUCCUAUCCCCUUAUAAGAACAGGUCCAGCUAGAACCAGGAAUUCCCAAUCAUGAAAAUGAAGCAGUCCCAGCAACUGGACCACUGCCAAUGGUGUACACUCAUCCCAAAAAACCCUACCCUCACUCCAAGUGUUGUAUAGACCAUGCCACCUCCAAUAAAGAUGUCUGUUUCACUGAAAACAAUCUUGAAAGAAGGCUGUUUUUCCUGGACUCAACACUGGCUGACAUUCUGCUACCAUGGCUGCAAAAAUAUGCCUGUUUAUUGGUGUUAUAAAGGACAGCUACUUAUUUCUUUGAGAUUCUUUUGUAUCCAGCCACUUUGUGUAAGUUAUCUCUGAGCUGUAGGAAUUCUAAUAUAUAAUUUAUAGGGUCUCUAAUAUAUAUACUAUCAUGUUAUCUAUGAAUGGUGAUACUUUGAAUACUUCUUUCCAAUUUGUAUCCCAUUGAUUUCCUUUUGUUCUCUUAUUGCUCUAGGACUUCAAGCACUGUAUUGAAUAGAAAGGGAAAGAGUGGACAGCCUUGACUUUUCCCUGAUUUAGUGUUAUUGCUUUCAUUUUCUCCUCAUUAAAUUUGUUAUUGG